AUGAGCUUGGACUUCAGGGGUCCGUCCGGCAUGUCGGGGGGCGUCAACAAGUGUUUCUCCAUAGAGGCUCUGGUGGGGAAGCAGCGGCAGCGGCCCGCCUCGGACGAACCUAUCCGGCCCACCGCGCUCCGUUUCCCGGAGGCCCUGCAGCGGCACCCCGCCGCCGCCGCCGCCGCCGCCGCCGCCGGGCUUCUACUACCGGGCUUUCCUUGCGUCAGGGCCUCGGACUGGCCCGCCGGAGCCCACCUUGGACUGCACGUGUUCGGCCGGCAGCAUCCCCCCGCCUCAGCCUGGAUUUUCCACAAUCAGCAGAGAUACGCGCACGCACUUGCAGGUGACGACGGCAUGGGAGGCCCAGAAAACCUCCUGCUGCACGGCACUUUCUCUCGGAAAGCCAAACGCAUCCGCACGGCGUUCUCUCCCUCGCAGCUACUGCGUUUGGAACGAGCCUUCGAUAAAAACCAUUACGUGGUCGGAGCGGAGAGGAAACAGCUGGCCUCGGCGCUCUGCCUCACCGAGACGCAGGUGAAGGUGUGGUUCCAGAACCGCAGAACCAAACACAAACGUCAAAAGUUGGAGGAGGACUCACUGGAGGCCGAACACAAGCGCUCCAAAAGCAACCAGCACGUCAACAGGUGGCGAGCCGCCACGCAGCCGGAACCGGAACCGGACCCGGACCCGGACCGACAGCGCCACGUCACGGGCCGCGAUUGACAUGGACAGCAUAUUUGGGGGGACUGAAAUGACGAAGCAAAAAAUGGCCGCCUUUGAACACUUUGACAUUGACGGCCAAAGUCCGUUCGGAGGACAUCUAUCGCCGCCGAUGGCGGCCAAGGUGUGCUGUUCUCCUUUUUCUUCUUCCACACAUUUACCUCAUCCUCCUCUCGUGUAGCACUAUCUCUUCCUCUCGGAGGUCAUGUGACCAUCCUUUCAUGCACCUAAUCAUAGAUAUCAUAUCAAUAAGGCUAGAUGUCUAUGGGCUAAAACAUACUGUGUAGAUUGAAAACAAAACAACUCUUUCGGUGCCAUUGACGCCAGCAGACGUCCAAUGCUGCAAAUUUUGGGUCAAAAUAUUUUUUACUUUGGGUCCAAAAUG